AUGGUCCUUCAAAGCUUGCUCAAAAAGAUCAAGGAACGCAACUUUCGUGGAAUUGCCAAGCAAACCGAACAAUUGGAUUCCCAAACACGACAGCAUUUGCAAGAGUACCUCCAAGUGGUUCCAGGAGAAAAGCAAGAGCUAGAAGAUUUGGAAGAAGAACUCUACGAUGCUACCGUGAGGCUGCACGACUUGCAAGAAAAGGAAGAGUUCAUUGCGACUCGCCUGAAAGCCUACCAAACCAAAUUGAAGCAGAUUGCGAACGGCAGCGAAGAUGCCUAUCCACCUCUGGGCACGACUGAGCAGGGGCAAAUCUCAGAUGAUGACGACGAUGACGAAAACAGUAGCAGUAAUGAGCAGCCAGCGUCACCAUCUGAAGGGAUCAUCAAUGAUAAUGAGGAGGAUCAUACUGCUAAUACGAAUCUGAAUACCAAUAAUGCUAAUGCUCCUCCUACUCCUACUACUACUACUCCUCCUACUCGAAUGAGUAGUGCCAAGCAAGACGAACACAAACAAGCCUUGGACAAGGUUCAACAAGUCCACAAGACCAUGCGGGAUAAUAUCAAAGAAUUGGAAAAGAAGAUUGCUAAUAUGGAAAAGCGCAAAUUGGAGCUCCACUGGCAUUUGGAAGAAUGUCAGGUGGUCUUGGAUACGACCAAAGAGAUUGAACGAAUCGAGACGGAACUGGCCGCGGAGCAAGCUGUACAGCGGUUUGAUGAAGAUAGCAAGGAUGUGACCAUACCAGUCGAUAUUAAAAAUAAUAACAGUAAUAGCGAUGUGGCGGCGGCACUGGCGACGAACGAAAAACAAGAAGAGGAUGAAGAGUUUGGUCAGAUUGAGAUUGUCGAUCUUCAAGCAGCAAAGAACAAGGACAAGGAGGAGGAUAAUAAUGAUGAUGACACCUCUGCUGGAGGUCAAGAACGGAUACAGGCGGAAGACCCAUUGGCCUCAAGAAUAGCAAUUACUGACGAAGAGUUGGGCGAGUCGUCCGAUGCAAAAUAA